AUGGCGGAAUUUAUUGACGAUUGUGUUCGCUCUGCUGUUUUAAAACUUAACAAUUCUCGAAAAUCGAAACGAGAACUGGUUCUUAAACGCGAGCAGGAGAUAGCGGUUAAAGAUUUACUUCUUGGGAAGCAUGUUUUAGCCGUUCUCCCCACUGGUUAUGGGAAAAGCUUGAUUUUUACGUUGUUCUUGUUGGCGCAAGAAAAUAUGGCAAAAAUAAAUAAAACUGAACGCAGUAGCGUUCUUGUUAUUUCUCCUCUACGCAGUAUUAUAGAAGAUCAAAUAGCUGAGAUGCUUUCGAUGGACUUCUCAGCGGUGGAACUUUCGGAUAAAAACGUUUCAGAAGUCGUCAAGUCUCCACCGCAGUAUAUUUAUGCAAGCGCGGAAAGCGCAAUCAAUAAAGCUUUUCUUGAUUCGCUCAAGAACAGCAAUUCUGCGAUUCAUCGAUCCAUUGCUCUUAUUGUCGUGGACGAGUCUCAUACUGUGGAAACGUGGACGGGGAAAAGAAGUAAAAGAGGAUCAAGCAUCCAGAGUGAAGCAUUCAGAGAUGCUUAUGGCAAACUGGCAAUUCUGAGAUCAAUGUGUAAAGAACGAACACCUGUUUUAGCACUAACUGCAUGAGGUGACACAGAAGGUCAUUUGUUCCAAUUUGGCAAUAACUGAUGCAACAAAGUUGUUUGUCAGUCCAAAUCGAACAAAUUUGAGAUUUGACAUAAACAAGGUGCCAAAAACACUUAUGCUUUCCAAACUGGAUUGGAUUGCCAACAUGAUAAAACAAUAUAAUAUUGUCAUGCCAAAAACAAUUAUAUUUUGUGACACAAUCUAUGCUCUUGCCCAAGUAGUGAACUAUUUACAAAUGAAACUUGGCACAUAUGCAUUCUACCCAAACAGCUCAAAGAAGAGAGAGGACUGUUUGAUUGGCAUAUUUCAUUCAAUG